UGUCUUGCUUGUUACAUGGAAGGAUGGUUUUCUUUUGUCGAUAAGUAGAGUAGAAACAUGACAUGGAUGGAUGGGUGGUUUUCUAUUCUUCUUGCUGUCUCAUCUCAUGUAAAUUGAUACCCUUUCGAGUUGAGUUGAGUUGAGUUGAGUUGGGUUGAGUUGGGGUUUGUUCUGCUACUGAAUACUGAUACGGUGAUUGGAUACCCUUUCAAGUUUCCAAGUUUCAGCUUCUGAUCUAAUAUUCGCUCAGCCGUGUAUGGUAUUCCUAGAUUCAUUCUAGAUUUUCAGAUUCAGAGAAAGCUUCAUUUUGGCCUUCUUCCCUUCCGCAGUAAAAUAUCACAAUCAAGGUACCGGAUAUUGAUAUUUUGUUUCUUCACCUAUUGGCUUGCGUUUUGGUUUCUGGCUUCUGUUGCUGUGCUCACUAAACAGCCGCUUUUGAUAUUUCAAAUGGGUCAAUUUCGGUUUGGAUUAGAAACAGAUUUUGAGUCAGAAAAUUGGAAUUCGAAAUAACUAGUGAAUAAGUCUGAGAGCUCGUUUCUUGCACAAGUUGUGUGAGUGAGUGGUCUUUCUUUAUCAACUGAGAAUUGGGAUUCUUACUGUCUCUGUAGGGAAGUAAACUUUGUUGAAAUGUUUAUCUAAUCGUGGAAAAGUAGAAUUUAAACUUGGAUUUAAUCAGGAUUCCAAGUGCUAGGAACUAGGAUUUUGUUUGAAAUCAUCAGCCAAGUUGAUCAUAUGGAGAGACAGAGCAGUUUCCAGGCAGCAAAGAUGGAAAAACAACCAAGUUUCAAUGGGGCAAUCGAGCAACAGCCUAGUUUCCGUGGAGCAAUGGAGAAACAGAAGAGUUUUCGCGGAUUCAUGGAGAAGCAGAAGAGUUUUCGGAUAGUUAUGGAGAAACAGCUGAGCUUUAUUGGUGGAGAAAGGAGGAAGAGCAAGGAGUCACCCGGUAAAAGAGGUGACUCCCAACUCCAUUUGGCUGCUCGAGCAGGGAAUUUAGUCCGAGUCAUAGAAAUUCUUCAGAAUUGUAAUAAUAGCAAUGAGUCAAUUGGUUUAUUGUCUAAGACAAACCAGGAGGGAGAGACUCCGCUCUAUGCCUCGGCGGAUAAUGGGCAUGCUGUGAUUGUUGGGGAAAUGCUGAAGCAUAUGGACCUUCAAACUGCAUCCAUCACAGCCAGAAAUGGCUAUGAUCCAUUCCACAUUGCUGUAAGACAGGGCCAUCUUGAGGUGUUGAAAGAACUUCUGCACGUGUUCCCCAACUUGGCCAUGACCACAGAUCUAUCCAAUUCAACUGCCUUACACACAGCUGCUACUCAGGGUCAUAUUGAUAUUGUAAAUCUCCUCCUGGAAACUGACUCAAAUCUUGCUAAGAUAGCCCGCAAUAAUGGUAAGACUGUCCUUCAUUCAGCAGCAAGGAUGGGGCACUUGGAAGUAGUCAAAUCCCUACUAAAUAAGGAUCCAAGCGCUGCUUUUAGAACUGAUCUGAAAGGCCAAACUGCGCUGCACAUGGCUGUGAAAGGGCACAAUGUGGAGAUUGUGCUGGAGUUGCUGAAACCCGAUCCCUCAGUUUUGACUGUGGAAGAUAACAAGGGAAACACAGCGUUGCAUAUUGCCACAAGGAAGGGCCGUAUUGAGAAUGUACGCUGUCUAUUGUCCAUUAAUAAUGACGGCAGUAACAUCAAUGCAAGUAACAAGGCUGGAGAGACCUCACUCGACAUUGCAGAAAAAUUUGGGACUCCAGAACUCGUGUCCGUGUUAAAGGAAGCAGGGGCCACCAAUUCUAAAGACCAAGGAAAACCUGCAAAUCCAGCAAAGCAGCUUAAGCAGACUGUGAGUGACAUAAAGCACGAUGUCCAGUCCCAACUCAAACAGACCCGUCAAACUGGUGCCAGAGUCCAGAAAAUUGCAAAGAAGUUGAAAAAGCUCCACAUUAGCGGCCUCAACAAUGCUAUAAACUCUGCCACUGUUGUUGCUGUGCUGAUUGCCACCGUUGCUUUUGCGGCCAUCUUCACUGUUCCUGGCCAGUAUGUUGAGGAGAAAACUUUGGGGCUUACGCUUGGACAAGCUCAUAUAGCAAACAAUGCUGCUUUCAUCAUCUUCUUUGUGUUUGACAGCCUGGCGCUCUUCAUCUCCCUGGCUGUUGUUGUAGUCCAGACGUCUGUGGUUGUGAUUGAGCAGAAGGCAAAAAAGCAGCUUGUUUUUGUGAUCAACAAGCUCAUGUGGCUAGCUUGCCUCUUCAUUUCUAUUGCUUUUAUUUCUCUUACGUAUGUGGUGGUGGGUUCACACUCGAGGUGGCUUGCUGUGUAUGCAACAGUUAUAGGCAGCACAAUCAUGCUUACUACCAUUGGCUCCAUGUGCUAUUGUGUCAUUUUACAUAGGAUGGAGGAGUCCAAAAUGAGGAAUAUUCGGAGAGCUGAGAGUAAGUCUCGUUCUUUCUCUAUGUCUAUGGCAUCAGAGCACGAGAUUUUGAACAGCGAGUAUAAGAGGAUGUAUGCACUGUAAGUUCAAUUUAGGGAGAAAUGAAACACAAGGAUUGAGAUUGGGUGACC